UAAUCGCCGCAUCUGUCAGACACCUUUGUUUACUCCGCGCUGGCUGUGGGUCUGUGUCAAUUCUCCGCUUCCCAGUUUUUGCUAAUCUUUUUGGCAAUUUGCCCUGAAACGUGUACCCGCGUACGGAAUUGCAAGCGAGCGACAUUGCAAAUAUUUUUGGAAUGGUUUAAAGUAAUGAGUGGAUUCAGUAUUUCGGAGAAAAUCGUGCGUUAGUGCAGUGGGUUCAGUCGUUUCGGCUUUUUUUCUGUUACACAAUCUGCGGGGGAGGUUCGCGUAUCCCUGCCAAGGUGAAUCAAGCCUCUCCGUGAAUUGUUUCGUCCUUCGUAUUAAUUAGGGUCAAAUUCAACUUCAAUUGGGUUGCCGAGUGUCGAGCGAUAAAAAAUGGGAGACGCAAAGAAUUUGGACGUUGACAAGCCGCUAUGGGAUAUGAACACCUUUCUGGGCCGCUUCAAGUACUACUUUUGGAUGACCGACCCUCGGACUGUUUUCACUUCGGAGAAGGACCUGCUAAAGGCCAAGCAGCUGGUGCUGGGGGUUCGGGCAAAUACUAUCACGGGACCCGUUUCUCAGCAAGAACUGCUUCACGCUAGGAAACUGUAUGAGUCCGCAUUCCACCCCGACUCCGGUGAACUGCAAAAUGUUUUUGGCAGAAUGAGCUUCCAGGUACCUGGUGGAAUGAUAAUCACUGGAGCUAUGCUCCAGUUCUAUCGAACCAUACCAGCCGUUGUGUUUUGGCAAUGGGUCAAUCAAUCUUUCAAUGCAUUGGUCAAUUAUACGAAUCGUAAUGCAAACUCGCCAACAAGUGUUAAGCAAAUGGGAAUUGCAUAUGUCUCAGCAACUUCAUCUGCUCUCAUUACUGCCAUUGGCUGCAAGAAUUUCUGGCAAAAAAGGGCGUCGCAAAUAAUGCAGCGAUAUGUACCUUUUGCUGCCGUGGCAGCUGCCAAUUGUGUCAAUAUACCGUUGAUGCGACAAAAUGAAAUUAUUAAUGGCAUUGAAGUUCAGGACGAAAACGGGAGAGUAGUGGGAAGAAGUCGACUGGCUGCCAUAAAGGGUAUUUCUCAGGUUAUAACAUCCAGAAUUGCAAUGUGUGCGCCGGGAAUGCUUACUAUGCCAAUUAUAAUGGAAAAGCUAGAAAAAAUUCCAGCAUUCAAGCGUGCAACAGCAACCCAUGCACCAUUCCAAACAGUAAUGGUCGGUGGUUUCCUAUUUUUCAUGGUUCCGGUAGCAUGUGCGCUGUUUCCCCAAAACUGUUCAAUGGAUACAAGCACCAUUAAAGCCUGGGAACCGGAACUAUACGAAGAAAUGUUACGAAAAACAGAAGGGAAGGUUCCUGAGAAAGUCUACUUCAAUAAAGGACUAUAAACUUGAUUAUAAUUUUCCAAAGAUGCAUUUGCUGUUUUUUCCGAAAAAACAAUAUGCAGUGAUUUCGAAUAGUUUGGGUUAUAGUGAUACAGAUGUCUGCAUUCUA